AUUGUUCUUACCUUUGAAACUACCAUUUCUUGAGUUUACCGUUUAACCAUGAAGAUUUGCUGUAUUGGAGCUGGCUACGUUGGUGGUCCCACUUGUGCUGUUAUUGCAUUCAAAUGUCCUGAUAUCCAGGUGACUAUUGUAGACCUUAAUCAGGCCCGUAUCGACGCUUGGAACUCGAACGAGUUGCCCAUCUUCGAGCCUGGCUUGGAUGAUGUGGUCAAGGCUGCACGAGGCCGUAAUCUGUUUUUCUCAACCAAUGUGGACAAGGCCAUUGAAGAGGCCGAUAUCAUCUUUGUGUCAGUCAACACUCCUACCAAAAAGUCUGGCAUGGGUGCUGGCUUUGCUGCAGAUCUUGCUUAUGUCGAGUCUGCUACUCGCCAUAUUGCUCAAGUCUCCAAAUCCUCCAAGAUUGUUGUUGAAAAAUCGACUGUUCCUUGCCGUACUGCCGAGAGCAUGCGUACCAUCCUUGAAGCCAAUUCUCGCGAAGGCAUUCGGUUUGAUAUUCUUUCUAACCCAGAAUUCCUGGCUGAAGGCACUGCCAUUUCAGAUCUGUUCAAGCCUGACCGUGUUUUAAUCGGAUCUCUGGAUACGCCUGAAGGCCACAAGGCACAAAAGACUCUCUCCUCAGUGUAUGCGCACUGGAUCCCUACUGAGCGCAUCAUCACCAUGAAUUUGUGGUCUUCUGAACUUUCUAAACUGGCUGCAAACGCUCUUCUUGCUCAGCGUAUCUCUUCCAUCAACGCACUUUCAGCUAUUUGUGAGGCAACAGGUGCUGAUAUUGACGAGGUUUCCUAUGCCUGUGGUCUGGAUACUCGUAUUGGACCCAAAUUUCUCAAGUCCAGUGUUGGAUUCGGAGGAUCUUGCUUCCAAAAGGACAUUCUUAAUCUAGUUUAUCUCAGUGAAAGCUUGCAUCUUCCUGAAGUGGCAGCUUACUGGAAGCAGGUAGUGACUAUGAACGAGUACCAGAAAUCUCGCUUUACAGAACGUGUUGUCAAGAGUCUUUUCAACACUGUUACCAACAAAAAGAUUGCCAUCUUUGGCUUUGCAUUCAAAAAGGAUACUGGUGACACCCGUGAAUCAGCGGCCAUCACCAUGAUCAAGUAUUUCCUCCGUGAGAAUGCCAACAUUUUUAUCUAUGAUCCACAAGUCAGUGAAGGACAGAUUCGUCUUGACCUGACUGAUCCUGAAGUCAGCACAUUAGAGGUAUAUCAAAAACGAAUCACGGUCUGCAAGACCGCGUACGAGGCAGCGGAUGCAGCAGAUGCAGUUGUUCUUGUGACAGAAUGGGAUGAGUUCAAGACUCUUGAUUAUGGACGCAUCUACGAGCAUAUGCACAAACCAGCAUUUAUUUUUGACGGACGAUUGAUUUUGGACGCAAAGAAACUGCGAGGAAUUGGAUUUCAAGUUGAAGUGAUUGGCAAACAGCAUUGAAUGAAGCAGUUUUUCAGUCUAUUGAAUGAACUUUAAUGAUGACGAAUGUGUUGCAAUG